CUACUUCUCUAUUGAAACAAUCCUCUCUGACACAGUCACCAUCUUCUGUGAAGUCACACUAACAGUCUGUAGAUGUCUGAUAAAUGGCGUUGUUCAUCCCUGAUAUGGCUGGUCAUCUGUUUCUGGUCAUCCUCCUUUUCGUCACCUUCCAAUACAUCGAAGCCCAAGGUCCUUAUCCAAAACCAGACCUUACAGUCAAUAUUGUUGAGGACUUCAACAUCAUCUGUUUGAUUCCUGGAUCCUUCAGUCCUGACACCACCUGUAACCUGUAUGUUGGAGAGGAGAGUCAGCCAUCCUUCACAGCAAAGAUCAUGAAGAGAAAAGCCAUCUCAGCAUCCGGACAGCAGUUCUGUCAAUUCACUCCAAAACAUAGUGAUCUGAUCAGUCGUCUACAGUCAGUGAGGCGGAAGGAGGUGAGCUGUGACUACAGAUUGAGCUCAGGACCAAACUCUCUCUCUCCACGCAGUGAUGGGUACAACUUUACAGAUCUGGUGGGAGUUAACAUUAGUGAUCCAACAACUAAACCCUUUCCAGCAGGAGGUCAAAGCUCCACAGAAAGCGUUCUGGCAGGUUUGACUGUUACUUCUACUUUGUCCCCUGGCAUCACAGUGACAACAACUUCUGUGCAAUCAUGGCAGGCAGCAGUGGGUGUGGCUUCAGUAGUGGGUGUGUUCCUGAUGGGAUUGACAGCUAUCUGUCUCUGCUGGAGGACCAAGAAACAUUCUCAGAGACCUGCAUCCAGACAGGAUGAUCACAGUCAAUGUGAUUUGGUGAUGGGAGCAGUGAGCAGUGCAGGCAUGUUGGAUUCAAAGGAUGCUGGGAUCAAUUCUCUCGUCACCUUUGUACCGUCCACGUUUUUGCCCUCGGGCCCAGUUGAAGAGAAUGGACAGUCAUCUGAAAAAGACAAUUCUGUUACGUACCACGUAUACAGCUCAAUCCCCGACCGACCAGCAACAUCAGCCCAGCCGGAUGGGUUGUACAGUGUUCUGCAAGCACACUGACACUACACCACUGGCUCUCUGUGGCUAUUUCUCACAGAAAUAAUCUUUCUUGCAGGAUGACCUUUAUUUAUCAAACACCAUGUUACUGUAAAUAAGUAUAUAAUACAUCUGCUGCAGUACCGUUUCUAUUUAUAAGCAACAUAAGUGGCUGCCAUCCCAUAGCAAAAUGUGUAGAACUGCAAUAAGCUUUAAAACAGAAUUUAUUUCUACCCCAUGGCAUAAUGUGUACAAAUGCGGGAAAUUAGCUUUAUAACUGCAAAGUUCCCUCCGCCCCAUGGCAAAAUGAGUAGUAUUGCAGGAUAUUAACUUUAAAGCUCCACAUUUUUCACUAAAAUGUUUUUCUCGCUUAGGGCCCCCAAAAUGCUAGAAACUGCCCUGAUUUUCUGUAGCACACAUGGACACCUGGCUUCGUUUACUAUGUUAGUAUUUUUAUUUGGGGGUGUUAGAGGGGUCCGGGGGAAUACUCCCCAAAAUCUUUAAAUCAAAAUAGAUCAAAAUGAAUAUUUAGGUUUUAACAUUUUUUACAUCGUUGGUAAUAUUAACUCUGAAAAAUAUAGAUUUCCUAAAUGCUUAAAAUCUCCCCAGUACCCCAUGCGUACAUGUUAUUUGACAUCAAUUUACUCAGCACUUCAGAGUCUCCCUUUCAAUGUGCAGUGUUGUAGACACUUUCUAGCAUUGUAGUUCAAUGACUGCGAAGCAGAUAAGUUGUAAAUGGUGUGAGACCAUACCUUUCAUGCCAAUUCUUUUCUCCAGUUAACUUUGGAGAUGAGCCUAUUUUGACCAUACUGAUCUCACGAGUCUACAGGUGUAGGAUCUUAAUUUGAUCCUACAUCUGUACAGCAGGAAAUUAAUCCUGCAGCAACUGAAAAUGUGAAUUAACAUGUGGAUUGUAAUUAUUGGACAUUUUUGUAGGGGUUAAUACAUUUAAAUGACAAAUGUUAGAAGCCUAAAUACACUAUAAAUGUGCAUUUCCUGCUGUACAGGAAAAUUCUCAUAAAAAAGGGGUGAUCAAAUUAAGAUCCUACAUCUGUACAAUGUUUCGAUACAUACAUUGAAUUCAACCAUUCCCUCGUCUUUGUUAGUAUUUUACAUGAUUUGAUAUUGAUCUUGAUUAUUCAAGAUAAUGCUAAAAAUAUGUACUGUUAUCAAUGUCAUCGUUUUCAGGCCGUUGGUGAAGAUCAAGGUGCUAUUUUCCCUAAAUGUUUUUUCAGUCCAUAUAACUACCUUGUCAUCUUUACCAAACCUCUUUUGGUCGGUUUCCCAGAGACAGUUUAUGCUUAGUUCUGGACUAAAAAGCAUGUUCAAUGGAAAAGUUACAUAUUUUUACUCCAGUGGUAAACUUAAUCUGUGUCUGGGAAACCAACCAUUGGUGUUAUGGACUACAGGUAGUCAAGGACAUUGAUAAUUUUGCAUCCAGAUGCUCUGUAUUGUGGUCAGUUCUACUGUGAGGGGGCAAAGAUGACUACAUUCUCCUGCAGCAGUCACAGACAGUCUGCAGAUCACAUACCAACUAGUGCAUGUAUGCUGUCACGUAUCCACACCUACAAACAGGUGUACGAGUGCACAAUAAACACAAACCACAGCAGGGUGGAAAGGAUGACAUCUUGUCCUUCUGAAACUUCAGCCUAUCACAUUUGUGACUCGUUUCAGGAAACUAGGCAUAUGUCAGGCGUCACUACUUCACAGGAGAGGCAUGGACUUAAAAAAAAAUAAAUCUAAAUGCAUUUUUUGGGGGGCAGAAAUGCCAUCUGGAACAUGUAUGCCAUCUGUAAAUAUGAAUAAAAUUGUUAAAAUGAUGAACCUAGUUGAUUUAGCCACGGAAAAAGACAGGAACAUUGUGAGAUGGCGACCACAGAUAUGGCAGCUCUGCUUCUAGCUACUAAGCAACUUGGCAGUUAUUUCUUACAUUAUUACCCCGGGAAAUGUUUUGUGUUAUUACAUACAGAACUAUUCGAUAUCAGAGCAGCGGUAACUCACCAGCAAAAUGACCGGGAAUACAACUUUCUCAAAUUGGAUCCUGUGCUCCUACCCCCCCGGGUCAAUUGAACUGUUUCCAGAGGAUGAUCCAAAAACAAUGCCAUUGGAGAAUAGGUAUUCGGAGUUGUUACGUUCUGACCUUUAUUUCCUUUGUUUUGUCAUUAUUUAGUAUGGUCAGGGCGUGAGUUGGGGUGGGUAGUCUAUGUUUGUUUUUCUAUGU